UAUCACUCCUCGUGUAACGCCUCUCAUUGCUAUCUUUCUCUUUCUCUUUCUCCUCUCACGCCUUCUCUCUAUCCAAUCUAUCACUAUAAUCUCUCGAAUAAACAAAAUUUACGCCGGAAACAAUUGGAAUUUGGAGAGUGAAAAAUAGGCUAACAACCCCAGUUUCUAUCUUAAAGUUCAAUUGCAGAAGAAUUAGAGGUUAGAUAUCGAAGCUUUUUUCGACGAUAUCCAUAAAAUUGAAGAUAUGAACCAUAAAAAAUCCAAGAUAAGACUCAAUAACAGUAGCCUUGAUAUGAUCAGUAAUCUGCCGACCGAUGUGAUACACGAACUCUUGGAACGCUUAUCUCUCAAGGAUGCUGCACAAAUGAGUGUUCUUUCACAUAAGUGGCGAGACAUUUGGACUUCGAAUCCCCAUCUUGUUUUCGAUGAACCAUUUUUUGCAAGAGUCCAUACACAGGAAGUACGCGACACUGAUAAAUUUUGCAAUAUUGUGAGCAAAAUACUCUUUCAACAUGAAGGUCCCAUUCUUAAGUUUUCAUUGUAUGUUCCUCUUGGAAUAUCCUGUCCAGAUGUUGCUCAGUGGAUAUCCUAUCUUUCAAGAAAUGGUCUUAAGGAUUUUAGCCUUUGUAACAUGUACAGGGCAAUGCCUCUUCAGUUGGGCUCGCGUCUUUUCUCCUGUGUUGACUUGGAGAACUUGAAGCUUACUUGCUGCAUAUUCAGCCCUCCUCCUGAUUUCAGGGGCUUUCCGAAGCUGAUAUGUCUUGAGCUUGACAGAGUCGUUAUAAACUACACCACUUUCAAAAAUCUAAUUGGCAGUUGUCCUGUACUACAAAAAAUAGUUUUAACAAACUUUACCGGUUUGCAGCACAGGCAUGUUAUCAUUGAUGCCCCUAACCUCAGAUAUUUGACUCUUGAUUGGGCAUUCAAGUCAGUUUAUGUGAAAUGCUGUGAGAAUCUUGUGUCAGCGUCAAUUGGUUUGCCGAAAUUGGUCAAGGUUCAUAACAAGGCCAGUUUAGGUGAUCUGGUUAAAGUUCUUACAAACUCGAGUGAACUUGAAAGGCUUUGUUUAAGAAGUCACCUAUGUAGGAUUUUGUUUACAGAAUGUAAUCUUCAUACUGCCUCUCAGAAGCUAAGAAAUCUGGAUUUGUUAGACCUUCACUUGGAUUUUCAGGAUGAUGUCUUUUCUGUGUUUAGCUGUAUUCAGAGCUUUCCUAACAUUGAAACACUUAAAAUCUCUGUUCAUAGCAGCACAAAUCUGGCUGAGCAUGUGUUGGACUACAAUGCUGACGGUACAUUACACAACCUCCGUUGUGCCAAAGUUCGACUUUUGGUUGCUUCUACUACAGAGAUGAAGUUGAUUGAGUUUUUGCUUGCUUGCUCCCCUGUGCUUGAGAAAUUAUUAGUACAUGCACCUACCGUCAAGGGCUCGUCUCGCUUGAAGAUGUUAGUGCAGUUAAAUCGGUUUCGGAGAAUAUCACAGAAGGUAGAAGUCAUUUGCCCAGUGUCUGUAGUUAUCACCUCAGCUUCUAGCUCAGAUUCCCCAUCUGCUGAAUCCGCCUAUGAUUCUAGUGAUUCGGAUUGAUAUCUAUAUUUGUUAGUUGUGGACAAGGGAGUGAUCGAUUAGUUUAUAGAUAUUAGAGUUAAAGGUCAAUAUGCUUAGGUGCUAUAUAUUAGAAUCAUUGGAUUGUUUCUUGGUGUGUUUGGUACUUUGCUACAAUUUUCCUCAGGCUUAUAAUUGCACAGUAGCAUUUGCUUCCAUAUUAUUAUUGUA